AUGCAAAUUGCCGACGGAGAAUACGAAAUCGACCUUCUGGUAUUACUGGCAAGCCCUGAGGCGCCUGCCUCGCUGGUGGCCAUCCGCUAUGGCUUCAUACCCGACUCCAUGGAUCAAAAAGCUCCCCUCCGACUUUACCAGAAUGACCAGGUAUGCAUUUUGGAGGCGCAACUGGUGGAGAAGACUGCCAAGUCGGGGCUUCGUGCCCAGCCCAUCAUUUUUGAGGGGGUUCCACAGGGCCAGAGAUUGGGCCAUUCUUCAGCCAACAUGGAAUCAUAUUUCCUUCUGUUUGUUCCCAAGCCUGCGCCUUCUGAGCCGGCCGUGGAGCUUCGGAGACUCGGAAGUGUGAUCCGAGUCAGUAAGUCUCGAAACACAGACAAAUGGCGUACCGCCAUUUCGGAGUGGAAGGAGAUUCCUAAGAAACAUGAUCACAACCUAGGCUUGGAGAUCCCACGGCCUUCGCCCAAGCCCAAGGAGACUACCAGGCCCAAUGAGACGCAUAGGAAGAAAGAAGUGGCCAAAGCGAAUCCUAUGGCUCUAAAACGGCCACCUACAGCUACUCCAGAGCAGAAAGAUAUCAUUAGUGUAUCAGACUUCGAGGACUUAGACAGCUCCACAGAGGAUGCAUUCCCCGUUUUCGGCAAUGACGCGCCACAGAGCAUGAAUAAAGAUACCAGGACUGAAAAUGCUAAAUUUAGAAGCGAUAAGUCGUCGCCUUUUGAAGAGCACAAGUCUCAGAAGGCUCCCGAAUUGGCAAUUACAGACACUCUGAAGGUAGCAAAGCCACGCACCGCAACCAAGAAUCUCAAAGAGAAGAGGCCCGCCAGAGCAUCGAAAACCACAAAUUCUAAGCCGAAGCCAAAAGCUGUCGAGAUAGACGACAUGGAUGACGAGUUCAAGGACCUUGAAGAUCAGCUUCAAGAGGUAUUGGUGGACUCGCAGCCAAUGGACGUUGACUCUUCAAGUGAUGAAGAUUCGGAUAAUGGGCGGGGCCCACCGAUUGUAAUCCGCAUGAAUGAUGACAGCACCUCGCGUCCUACUUCUAGCAUGGGGUCCUCACGGCCAGGAAAAAAGCCCAUGAGUCUACGAGAAUUGUAUGGUGGGAGUAAGUCAUAUGGAGGCAAGAACGAUGAUGGUAGCAGCAGUGAGGAAGAGUAA